CACACAGAACAGAGCGAGAGCCAGUGUCCAAGUAGUAUGCUUGUUCCGAGAUCGACAGCCCUUGCUCGCCAGGCAGCACGCCCCAUCACGAGAAUGAUGUCCACGUCGGCAGUCAGGCGCGCCGGCGAUGAGGGCUCAACAGCUGGCUCUCAGACGUUCGGCGACCGAGAGAAAGCUCAGGAGAACGCUUACAUUCGCGAACGGGAACAAGCCAAGCUGAAAGAGCUGCGCAAGAAGAUUGCAGAGCAGAAGAAGCACCUCGAAGAUAUCGAAAAGUCGCUGGACGAUCUCAAAUGAUC